UGAGGGCGGGUUUUCCGGUUCCAGGUUAGAUUGAUACAUUGCACCGCUGUCAGUCUGUGAGAUAGGAGUGUGAAUCUCCGGCGGGAAGCGUGCUGCCCAACUCCUCAUUCAGCCGACUGCGUUUACUGAUACCAUUUAGCAUGACGUGUCUCAGACAAAAUAUUCUGUUUGGGAUGGGAAACCCCCUUCUUGACAUAUGUGCUAUCGUGGACAAAGAUUUUCUGUGCAAGUAUGGGUUGAAGACAAAUGACCAGAUCCUGGCUGAUGAGAAACACAAAGGACUGUUUGAUGAACUUGUGAGUAAGUUCAAAGUGGAAUAUCGUGCGGGUGGCUCCACACAGAAUUCAGUCAAAGUAGCCCAGUGGAUGAUUCAGCAGCCCCAUAAAGUAGCAACUUUCUUUGGGUGCAUUGGAAAAGAUAAAUUUGGUGACAUCCUGAAGGAAAAAGCUGAAGAAGCGCAUGUUGAUGCCCAUUACUAUGAGCAAAGUGAACAACCAACUGGCACUUGUGCUGCCUGCAUCACUGGUGACAACAGGUCUCUUGUCGCUAAUCUAGCAGCAGCAAAUUGUUACAGAAGGGAGAAGCACUUGGACCUGAAGGAAAACUGGCAGCUGGUGGAAAAGGCCAAAGUGUAUUACAUUGCCGGCUUCUUUAUUACAGUCUCAACAGAAUCCAUUCUGAAAGUGGCAGCACAUGUUUCUGAAAGCAACAAGACCUUGGGCCUAAAUCUAUCAGCUCCAUUUAUCUCACAGUUUUUUAAGGAGGACCUGAUGAAAAUAAUUCCCUAUGUUGACAUCCUGUUUGGAAAUGAGACGGAGGCUGCCACUUUUGCUAGAGAGCAAGGCUUUGAGACAGAAGAUAUUAAGGAAAUUGCCAAGAAAGCACAGCGUUUGCCAAAGGUGAACAAAAAGCGACAACGUAUCAUAGUUUUCACACAAGGAAAAGAUGAUACUAUCGUGGCCACAGCUGAUAAUGUGACUGCUUAUCCUGUCUUGGAUAUUAAACAAGAUGACAUUGUCGAUACAAAUGGAGCUGGUGAUGCCUUUGUUGGAGGUUUCUUGUCCCAAUUGCUGUAUGAUCAACCCCUUGAGGAAUGCAUCCGUGGUGGCCAUUAUGCAGCAAAUGUCAUUAUCAGGCAUUCCGGCUGCACAUUCCCGGAAACUCCGGACUUCCAUUGACCUCUCCGUACAACAAAAACGUGGGAUCAAAACACCCUUUGCCAAAUUACAGAGCAGGGAGAAAUGUCCAUUUAAAAUGAAUAACCUCUCUCCAUUUCCUCCCCUAAAACUCCUGUAUUAAGCUUUUUCUUCAUUUUUGUGGGUCAAUUACUGAGAUUGAUAUUUAGAAAAAAUUUAAAAAGUGAAUAAGGUAUAAAAAUAUUUUGGUCAAAUUGAUGGUCAAAACCAGUCAGCUUUGAAGUUCAUUUGUAAUUAUUGUUUACAUCUCGAUGAAACUUUGAAAUGUUGAUUUUAAUGGUGAAUGCUUGAGUCGUUAAUAUUAUCCACCUAAUGGUAAUUAUGGUAUCAAUAAUAGAUGAAAACAGGUGGUCAAAUCUACACUGACCAUUUUAUUUAAAUGCUCAAAUUGUAAAAUCUGUUUUCUUCAGUUUGUUCUGACUGAAUUUUUAAUUUGGCCCAGAGUGGGAAAUAUAACAAAUCUCAAGUCAUGUUUGAAAGAGAUGAAUUGGAUUAUUCUGAAAUUGUUUCUGUUUAGCAGAUUACCUCAGAUUUUUUUUUUGUUUUUGAGUUUGUUCAGAAAAGUAAAUUUAUGUAGCAAGAAGAAAAUAAGUUACAAAAAUAUUUAUGCAGGUAAACCUUAACAUGUAAAACCAAAUCAGGUCUGCGAAUGCUGUUUUUAGACGUCUUGAUGCAUUGUAAUUGUUUGCAUUCUGUGACAAUGUUCAGCAACAAACAAGUACACACUGCUAAGAUGAAGAGCUCUUUAUAAUUUGUUAUCUACAAUAAACAAGGAUGAUUCU